GCUGAUGUGGAUGUGACGCUGGAAUGGGCGAGCUCCGCUGGAUUUGACUGUCACUCUGGACAUGGAUCCCACAUUCUCACAGGGAGACAGAGAUGAGGCCCAUGUGGAGGAUGUGAGGAUGCGCGAGCGUCUGCUGUGGGACGAGCCGCUGCAGAUCUCCUGGCUGAUGGAGGCCGAGCCGUUCACCUCCUCCCUCCAGACGGGGGGUCCUGUGGCGGGCGCCAGCAUGACCCUGGAGCAGAAGACCACCUUUGCCUUCGUCAUCUUCCUCUUCGUCUUCCUCUGCAUGCUGAUCGUGCGCUGCUUCCGCAUCCUGCUGGACCCCUACCGCAGCAUGCCCACUUCCACCUGGGCCGACGGUCUGGACGGACUCGAGAAGGGCCAGUUUGAUUACACGCUGGCAUAGAGACACACAAUGACACACACAAACACACACACACUCCCGCAGAGCGCUGGACAUCCUGAAGUCAUACACAAACACGUGUAGAAAUACAUCAAAUAUACAGUAAUUCUGCAUAUGAGCAGCUCCGCCACAAGCUUGUGAAGACUAUAACACAUACACACACACACUGUGCUCACUGCCUUCCACACAUACAAGAUGUUGUUUGAGAAGAUGAGUGUGCAGUGCUUUAUUCCAGGCUGAAUGGAUACUGAGCUCUUAUUAGCGCUGAGACACAGGGUAGCCUUCUUUUAUAUUCUCCCAAAACCACAGCCCUCCUGUCCUCAUGUAUCUGUGCUGUUGUAAACUGCCAAGUACAAAUCUCUAGAAGAGAAGCUCUUUCUAAAACCGUUUAUAAGCACUUCAUAUGACGCUUUUGUCGAAAUAGCCCUUAAAAAAACGUGCACUGUAAUCGGCCACUGUCAAAGUUUACAUGAUUCAUUACUGGCAAUUACUGCAGUGCUUCUGGCCACAUCCUGGCCUUUUUAGAAACCUCUAGCUGAUAUGAAUACGCAGUUAGGACAGGCUGUUAGAUGAGCUGUUGAUUCAUUGUGUGUGCAAUAUGUGGCUCACUUCACAGGUUCUGUACAUCUGAAAGCUCAUUGAUGGUAGGAACCGCAGGAUCUGUCAGCCUUAGCACGAUAAAUACUCUUAGAUCACGUCUCUACCUGUAUAUUCAUAGGCUGUAGUUUCGUAAGCCUUAACCCGUGAAGCUGCCAUCAGGAGAAGCAUCGUAAUGUGAAGUCGCAUGACCCAUUUGAGCCUUUGAGCCGAACGCUAAUCUUGAAAAUCCAUGUCCUUGAGAGCCGAUAAUCACACACUGAUAAUGAUGUGAACGCUCUUCUGCCCCGUCGAUCGUAGCUCAUCUCACCGAUGAUCGUGAUGAUUUUUGUUGCACUACUUCAUUGUACCUGCUGUCACUGUGAAAGAGUCGACAAGCUUUAGAGCACUAAGUAAAGGACGCGUUAUUGUAUGUGUCGUGACAAAGAUUUAACAAUCAUUAUAGCUGCUCAUGUUUGAAAGACUGAAGAUAUUGGGGUUGGAGUGAACAGAUGGUUUUCAUCGUUCCUCAUGAAGCGCUGCUGCUCUCUAGAUGAUACAAAGCACUAAACAGCUCUGUCUGUCUGUCUGUGAGUUUUAGUAGAGUAUGUGGAGCCUCAAAACAAUUUAGACCUUCAUACUGUUUAGAAAUAAGUGUCUGUAAAACAGAGAAAUAAUACAUCUAGGAAACAAAGCACCAGUAUAUUCAAACACAAGAUAAUUCUGAAUUAUGAUGCUUUGUUUUAAUAGUGUCACAACCUCAUUUAUGUUUAAAAGAGAUAAUUAAUAAAACAUUUCCAAAGCAGUAUAAAUGUCAUUUCCUGUUUUAAUGUCAUCA